AUGGUCACCAUCAUGGUGGCAAAUGCAUUGCCUAUCCAGAAGCGGGAAUCUGGAGCCCUUACAUUUUACACACCAGGCCUUGGAUCCUGUGGCAAGACUAGUAGUGAAAGCGAUAUGGUGGCUGCAAUGAGUUCUUCUGUUAUGAGCUCAGGCGAUAAAUGUGGCAAGAAGGUCUCUAUCACGUACAAGGGUAAAGACGUUACCGUAACCGCCCUCGACACUUGCCCAUCAUGUGGUUCUGGUGAUAUCGAUUUGAGCCCUAGCGCCUUCUCAAAAUUGGCCGACUUGGAUCAAGGUCGUCUUCAAGGUGCAAGCUGGAGUUGGUCAUAG